AUGUCCCUCGACUCUUCGGCGUUCCCUCACAUCCUGUACCGCAUCGUCGACAUGGUCAAGGCCGCCAAUGACUAUCCCACCCUCGUCAACCUCCGCGCGACGUGCAAGAGUCUUGACGACGAGCUUACCCCGCUCGUCAUGGGGCACGCGACGCUCAAGACGACGGCCACUGGCUACACUAUCAAGACGGUUCACGGCGCGCCCGGCAUCACGUCGCCGUGGCCCCCGUUCGAAGGCACCGGAUCGAUCUUCUACCUCCGCGAGGCUGAGGUCGAUGGCCUCCUCGACUUCAUCGAUAACGCGACGGUCCUCGAUCUUGAGACGCCCGUCACCUUCCAAGCCGACAUCGUGUUCGACCUGUACUUGCCCACGAUCAAGGUGCUUCGUCACAAAGCUAGCAGUCACAUUGUUGGCCCGCGAAAGAGGUAUCCCUUGGCCGCCCAGCCAAACUCCAUCAUGGCGGACAAGGAGGUCUUCUUCGUCAACCUCACUCGACAGAGCGACUUCGAGUCCAACUGGAUUUACUUUGAAACGAGCGACACUACCAAGGAGGUGGUGCUCAGUGUCACCUACGAACCCUCGCUCGACUUUCGCCUCCCUUUUUCCGCCGAUGACAGGGCCGUCUACCCCGAGCUGCAUCGUGCUCAAGAGCACCUUGUUGUCAUCUUCCAGACUGCCUCUAAUGCGUCGAGCCACCGCUAUCCGCCCCGCGGAGACCAGGAGUAUGCUGCUCUCGAGGCCGUCCUAGACUUCAUCGCCUACGCCGCGACGACAACUCGCAAGAUCACCAUCGUCGGGAUUGAUCAGGUCGAUUGGCGCUUAGUGGGCAUCCAACAUGUACGCCUCGGCGACGACCUAGUAGCAGAAGUCCGAAACAGGCUGCAUCGUCAUGUCGAGGGCACUCAGAUUGAGUUAGGCAACGGCAAAGCGUCCCAGUACGCGGCGCGCAGUGCGUCGCUCCUCAAGUUUGUCACGCUCGACGAGUACAAGCAGCAAGUCGGCGAGUACGAGUUCAAGAUCAGCACGGAGGAGUAG